CCUUAAUUCCAAAUAGCUGUCUGGCUUUCAGAGGAAACAGUCAUGGGGCUGCUGUUGCCGAUUCUUCUUGGCUGUCUUGCCGCUCUGAUUGGAGGGCUGUACCUACUCGGGGUGUUUCGACAGCGGAGACCAGGAGAACCCCCUUUGGAUAGGGGGCUCAUUCCUUGGCUUGGUCAUGUCUUAGAGUUUCGCAGGAACACAUUGAAGUUCGUAGAGAGGAUGAAGCAAAAGCAUGGAGAUGUGUUCACAAUUCAGCUGGCAGGAUUUUACGUUACAUUCCUUCAGGACCCCCUAUCCUUUGGGGCACUUGUAAAGGAGAGUCGAGAAAAACUGGACUUUAACAAGUUUGCCAUGGAGCUGGUGCGCAGAGUGUUUGGCUACGUAGCUGAGGUGGGGGACCAUCACAUUCUCCAGCUAUCCAGCAACAAGCACUUGAAAGGGGAUGGCCUGGAGGUAAUGACACAAGCUAUGAUGAGUAAUCUGCAGAACCUAAUGUUGCACAACAUCGGAUCGGCUGCAGACCAAGAGACCUGGAUGGAAGAUGGACUUUUUACUUACAGCUACAAUAUUGUUUUUCGGGCUGGCUACUUAUCCCUGUAUGGCAAUGAGCCACACAAGUCAGAAGGAAGUGAGGAGAAAGCAAAAGAGAAAGACAGAGCUGAAUCUGAAGCCUUAUUUUACGAGUUUCGUAAAUAUGACCAACUCUUUCCGAACUUGGCUUACGGGGUCCUGCCACCAAGGCAAAGGAUGGAAGCAGACAGGCUCAUGGAAUUCUUCUGGAAAGCUCUGUCAGUGCAAAAGAUGAAGACCAAGGACAACAUCAGUCGCUGGGUGUGGGACAUGCAGCAGGCCAAAGAUGAGAUGGGUAUGAAAGAGUCAAUGAUAAACAGGUACAUGUUUGUGCUUCUUUGGGCCUCUCAGGGCAACACAGGGCCUUCUGCAUUCUGGCUGCUCCUCUUCCUCAUGAAACACCCUGAAGCCAUGGCAGCAGUGAAGGAAGAGGUAGAUAAGGUUGUGAAGGAAUCCGGGCAGGAAGUUAAACGUGAUGGCCCUUUGCUUAACCUGACCCGUGAAAUGCUGAUGAACACGCCAGUCCUGGACAGUGCUGUAGAAGAGACUCUCCGACUCACUGCUGCACCCCUCCUCACCAGAGCAGUGCUCCAGGACAUGACCCUCAAGAUGGCUGACGGGCGUGAAUACUUAAUUCGCAAAGGCGACAGAAUGGCAGUCUUUCCAUACAAUGCCGUUCAGCUUGACCCAGAGAUCCACCCUAACCCACAUUCAUUUAAAUAUGACCGGUUUCUGAAUCCAGACGGGAGCAAGAAAACAGAUUUUUACAAAGCAGGGAAGAAGGUGAAGUAUUACAACAUGCCCUGGGGUGCUGGGGUCUCCAUGUGCCCUGGGCGUUUCUUUGCCACCAAUGAGUUGAAACAGUUUGCUUUCCUCAUGUUGGUCUAUUUUGAGUUUGAGCUGAAGAAUCCCGAUGAGAAGAUACCUGAAAUUGACUUCAGGCGAUGGGGCUUUGGUUCGAUGCAACCUGACAGAGAUGUUCAGUUUCGAUACAGACUCAGAUAUUAAACCAUAUCAAUAAUUUUCGUCAUUUUGAUUGAUAAAAUAUUUGAUUUUCCUUUUGAUCAUCUCUGCAAGGUUUCUUUCCAAAUGAAUAUAUAAUAUAUAAUUUUACACUUGUAGAGUAGUUGACAUUACAUUACAUUACUUGUUACAUCUCAUUGGAUGUCUGUUGGGGAAUAGGGGGCAGCAACAUGACCAGAGAGAAAUUUCAACAGUGAUGUGAAAGAAAGCCAAGUCCAACAUAAUUAUUUUUGAUUCAAACACUGUGUGCAAAAUUUUGUGUUAACUGAAUUUUAUUUAACUAAUAAAAGUUUUUUUAAAACGUAGGAAAAUACUUGACAUGCAUUUUGGAAGACUGUCACCAUGAUGAUACUAAGAGAUCCUUAUUUAACAGUUUGUUAAAUAAAAUUACAUCUUUGUUAGUGUAACCAUCAGAGAAGGCAUGGGGUAUCUUUAAUAGCUUCUGACUUACACAGGUAUGAUACAUACUUAAUCAAGCAGCAAUCUCUGUUUUUAGGGUGUGUGCAUAAAUGGAAUGUCACUGGACUGUUUUCUGGGUCAAGGUUAGGUUUUAUCUGGGUCAUUUCUACCAGCUCCUGCUUUCUAACUGUAACUCUAUUAACCUAUAAUUAUAACUUAUUCAUUAUGGAAUAAUGCAUGUCUGCAAUGUCUGUUUUUCAAUUGUUUCAACCUGUAAUAAAGACUUUAUUUGAUAGAAAUAAUAAAAGAUAAAAUUUGA